CUGGCCCUGGCGCUUUCCUCCCCGACUGUUGCCCCCACGCCGCACACUCCCUCCACUGACAGCUCCGCGCAGGACCCCGCACGUCAUCGGCCAGCGGCGCCACGCGACAAGUGCGGGAAGGCCGGACGAGAUUUUCAGCGGAGCGUCGACACCUGGCCGUCGUCAACCCGGAGGCGGGGGCUACAAAGAUCCACGGCGCACUACCGGCUCCCCAUUCCGUCGUCCCCCGGUGCGCGCCUAGUGGGUGAACUGUGUCCGCGCACGGGCAUCAUCCUAUACGUCUCUCUGUGACUCUGUGUGUACACAUUGGUAGGGGUAGGACAUCUCCCAGCCCAACCACCAACACACCGCCCUCCCUUCAUCAUCACUCCGCCCCAGCAGAGGCCGUGCCAGCCAGCCAGCCAUGGUGUCGCUCGCCGGCUCCCAGAUCCUCUCGCCCAAGCAGAGGCCGUGCGCGCCGCGCCGCCCGGGCCACUCCAUGCGCACCAUCCGCUCCGCGCUGCUGCACCCGGACUCGCCCCCGGGGCCCAGCUCCCGCCCGCGCGCCGCCGCCGACGAGGGGGACUCGGACAUUGAGAACCUCACCGACUCCGUCAUCGACUUCCGCCUCAGCGAGCUGGCGGCCACCGCGGGGCCCGCGCACCCGGCGGCGGUCGCCAAGUCCUCCUCCGCCAACGCGGCGGCCACGGAGAUGCUGGAGCUGUCCCGGGACUUCUCCGACUACUCCAGCUUCAACUCCGACAUCUCCGGGGAGCUCGAGCGGCUGGCCGCGGCCGCCGCCACGCCCAGAUCCGACGCGCCGGACCUCGCCGCCGUGGAUCUGAACGACCUCGAGUCCAUGGAUCUGUCGGCGGACGCGGCGCCGCUGGACCGCGUGGAGCCGUUCGUGCUGGCGUGCGUGCAGGCGCUGGGGCCCGACGCUGCGCCCGACGCGCGCCGCGCGGCGGCGGCCAGGAUAAGGCUGCUGGCCAAGCACCGCUCCGACAUCCGCGAGCUGGUCGGCGUGUCCGGGGCGAUCCCGGCGCUGGUGCCGCUGCUGCGGAGCACCGACCCGGUGGCGCAGGAGAACGCGGUGACGGCGCUGCUCAACCUCUCGCUGGAGGAGCUCAACCGUUCGGCCAUCACGGCGGCAGGCGCCAUCAAGCCGCUCGUCUACGCGCUGCGGACCGGGACGGCGUCGGCCAAGCAGAAUGCCGCGUGCGCGCUGCUCAGCCUGUCGGGCAUCGAGGAGAACCGCGCCACCAUCGGCGCGUGCGGCGCCAUCGCGCCACUCGUCGCGCUGCUCUCCGCUGGCUCCACCCGGGGAAAGAAGGACGCGCUCACCACGCUCUACCGUCUCUGCUCGGCGCGCCGGAACAAGGAGCGUGCCGUCAGCGCUGGAGCCGUCGUGCCGCUCGUGCACCUCAUCGGCGAGCGCGGCACCGGGACGUCGGAGAAGGCAAUGGUGGUUCUUGCCAGCCUCGCCAGCAUAGCCGAGGGCCGCGAUGCUGUGGUGGAAGCCGGUGGGAUACCCGCACUGGUUGAGACCAUCGAGGACGGCCCUGCGAGGGAGAAGGAGUUCGCCGUGGUGGCUCUGCUGCAGCUGUGCUCCGAGUGCUCCAGCAACCGUGCGCUUCUCGUUCGAGAAGGGGCCAUCCCUCCACUCGUUGCGCUCUCACAGUCCGGCUCUGCUCGUGCCAAGCACAAGGCUGAGACCUUGCUAGGUUACUUGCGCGAACAGCGACAAGGGGGCGGUGGCUGCCGAGCCGGACAAGGCGGCGCAGCUACGAGCAUGGCUCGGUGACGGGCUGGUCAUGCGACGAAGUCACGAGCUUGGCUAGGUAAAUGCAGCACUGGUAUGGUGAAAUGCAGAAAGUAAUGCUUGGUUUGUCUUUCACCUCGCCGGCUCUGUUCUUGAUCCGGACGUCGAGAACAGAGCAGCCCAAUAUGGAUGGGGCGCGAUGAUCAUGUGUAAAUAACGGCGGGCUUUUGGCUCGGUUCUGUGAAUAUACAUAUGUGGUCUGCGACUGCGAGUGAUGGAAGGUUAGAUGGCUGGUCACUAACAUCAGUUGAGAGGAGCAUCCAGGUUAUCUUAGGAGAGGACCUGGGUUGCUUCUCAGUAUGUGUGGUGUCGAGAUGUAGCUGUGUACAGGAGGUAUGUUAGGGCGGUAAUAUGGUAAUGCCGGUUUGGCUUUGCGAUGUUAUAGGGGAAUGUUGGAGGGCCAAACCAUGUCUUUUUUACUUGAUGUUUGGAAUCCAAAUCCCCCUUGUUCCGUUUUA